UUUUUUUUUUUGUUUUUUUCUUUUUGGCUGAAGGCGCAGUUGAGGUCUGUGGAGAGAGAUCUGGCGAUCAGGAACUGCGGGAUGUGAACAGUUCAAAUUUACUUCAUUAUAGACUUUAUUAGUUACUUAAUUAGAGGGCCGUUAUGCAGAAUUAACAUUCAUGUCGUGCAGAAGCGGAGCCAGCGUUUGGGGUGCACUGGAUGUUUGCAUUUAUUUAAAGCAGUCUAUCAAGACCUCUGUCUGCCGAAGUAACGGAAGGCUUCUUGCGUUAUGAGGAGGACACCUAACGUGUGAAGCGGGCUCGUAUAGCGCGAGAAAGCGGAAGAAAAGAGAUGCAUUUCUAGACAGCCUAAUAAUAGUUACAGCUUUCUAAAUGCGUCUUCUUAUCGAGCAGCCAAGAACAAUGAGCAGUGGCUCUAGCAACUUUUUGCUAGUUCCCAUACCGGAGUACCCUGUACUAGACUGCGUGCCUAACAAAAACGUCAAAAUAGUUGUUCUUGGGGCAAGCAAUGUUGGAAAAACAGCUCUGAUUGUAAGAUUUCUUACUAAGAGAUUCAUUGGAGACUAUGAAGCCAACACAGGAGCCUUGUAUUCAAGGAAGAUUAAUUUGGAUGGGGAGCAAGUUUCUUUACAAGUGCAGGACACUCCAUGUGUCUCACUGCAGGAUGAUGCAGAGGGUCUUUACUGUCAGGAGCAGAUCAACCGCUCCAUUUACUGGGCAGAUGGUUAUGUGCUCGUCUUCUCUAUCACUGACCUCAACAGCUACCGUACCAUCCAGCCUCUCUACCAACACGUGCGCCGAAUCCAUCCCAGCGGGAACAUCCCUGUCAUCAUUGUGGGAAACAAGAGCGACCUGCUGCGCGCCCGGCAGGUCCCGGAUCAUGAGGGUAAGGCGCUGGCUGAUGAAUUGGGAGGGCCCUACUUUGAGGCUUCGGCCAGGGAGAACCAUGAAAGCGUCCAGGCUGCUUUUCUGCACUUAUGUCAGGAGGUGAGCCGAGCGCUGGGAGGAGGAAAUGGGGAGAAGAGAAAAGGUGGGCUACACCUUGCCAGGCCAAAGAGCCCGAACAUGCAAGAGUUGAAGAGAAGGUUCAGACAAGUGCUGUCAUCCAAGGUCAAGUCAGCUACGGCACUAUGAUGAUGAACUAGUUGACGAAUGUGACCGCAGAGGAUUUAGAAAAUGUUAACAACAUACUGUUGCACAAGUGAUUGUGAAACACAAGGCAAAACAAUGAAACUUGCCAGUUGUUUAUGCAAGUACUCAUAGAAGAUGAGUGGUGAUAUCACUGCUCUCUGGAAGCAUGGGACUCCUGGCAUUGAACUCUAAAUCUAAUGGUUUUAAGGCCAUUAAGGCUGUUUUUGUUUCUUUGUUUUAGCUGCUAUCAUGCAAAUGUUUCCUGGUUUUCCAGGAUUAAAUGACUUUCUCAAAUUCAAUUCUUUAGUAAUGAUUUUCUUGUAUUAUAAAUGAAUUUCCUUAAUCUCUUUUAAUGUGAAGCAAGGAUAAACUAAUUAUAUUUGACCAAGCCAUUUAUUAUACUGAAAGUAACAAAAUAAAACAAACAUACUAGAGGGCCAUUUAUUGGAAACGUAA